UGGACACGGAAAAACUCACUCGUAGCUCUUCCAUUCCCAUCAUCUCCUCGCGACUUCACGUAUUCCAUCGAACAAUUCGAAUAUGUGAACACUCUACCCUCGUAUUCAUUGAUUUAUCUCCAUAUUACAUCCAAUCCCAGCGAAUUUACUAUAAUCCAGUGAAAUGAUAAUCAAUAGAUUCGCCCACCUGUGAACAAUGUUUUGACACCUAGUAAGGAUUUCGCGAUUUCGGCUUUAUUUCUUCAUAAAUCCAUCGUUCACUUCGUUUUUUAUUAUUCAGAAUUAUUUGAGUUCUUUAUCACGACGAAUUGUGCAGUGAAGUGGUGCAAUUUACUGAGUAAAAUAGAUUUUUUUUAGUUUUGGGUAUUUUUUCCAGGGGAAUUUGCAAAUUUUGGGAAAUAGUUAAGCGGUAAUGAAAUAUCAUUUCACCUUUUUAGGGAUUAAAAAUUGAGGAUUUUACUGGAAUAAAAUUAUUGAAGUGGAACUUGAUGCAUGUCGAGGUAGAUUUUUAAUUAAUUUCCAUCCGACGCGGGAUUGUCGAGCUGUUCUCCGGGUGUAGUAUUUAAAUCAAUGAGUACUGCAUGACAUCGGUGACAACUCGCGAUGAAGUACCUGAAGAUCUCUCUCUUUAUGUUCAACUUGCUGAUAUGGUUGGCUGGAUUUAUGGUGGUAGUUAUUGGUGUCUGGCUGUUGCUCGAGCCCAGCAAUGGACACCUGCUGAAUCUAUUUGUACGGAGUGCAUCACCCCAUUACACAGUUCAUAUCGUUGCAUACAGCCUCCUAGGAUUAGGAUUCAUUGUCCUAGCAGUGGGAUUUGUAGGAUGUCGAGCAUCUUUGUACGGAAGCCAAUGCAUAAUAACGGCGUACGUGGUUGCACUGGUGGUCCUCAUUAUAACAGAAUUGGCAACUGCAGCCGUCGGGGGUUUUUUAGCGUACCGAGGAAUAUCUGGACUAGAAGAGAGAUUACUGGAGAGACUUGCAGAUCACUACGGACACGAUUCCACCAGUGAUCUGGCAUUUACACAGAGUCUCGAUUAUUCCCAAUACAAGUUCAAUUGCUGUGGGAUUUAUGGGGAUAGUGAUUACAAUGGCACUGCCUGGUGGAGAGACUUCAAGCUGACAGGAAUAAAUAGAAGAGUCCCUCUCACUUGUUGUAUACUUAAGAACCACGAGUUCCUUUCGGGCUUUUCAGUUCUUUCUUUCAUAGUAAAGAACGCGGGGAGUCCUAUGAGUGUAGUUUCCCGGGUCUUUCACAAAGAUAAUGAAAAGCCUUGGGUGGUGCCGCAACCUAAGGAUGAAAUCGCAUGUCAGUCUGACGAUCCAAUGGCACAGCUAGGAUACCGUCACAAAGAGGGAUGUAUGGAAAAAGUGACGGUGUGGGUGCGAUAUGAGAGCCUCAAACUUGUUUUUAUGGGGCUAAUAAUGGCAGCAAUUCAGACUGUUGGUAUCAUUGUAUCAACUUUGAUGUGCAAAACAAUGAGAGACAUACAAAAUGGUGGAUAACAAAAGGAAGAGCCCAUCUCAUUCACAUAAUGGUGAUACACCUUGCUCUGAUGGCCGUCCGGCAGAUGUAUAUGAUAUCCCAGUGGAAAUUUCGUACUUUGGGCAAAAAUGUGAAUUGAAAUGAGGUCCUUAUGGAUAAGAAAGAACCAAGAAUUCGGGAAAUAAUGUAUAAAACCGA